CUUAUAUCUGGCAGGACCCGCCUGGUGGCGUCGGAUUCCUGAGGAAUCAUUCUCGCGAGUCUGCUAGGGUCCUCCCUGUCAUUUCUGCGAGAGAAAAUGGAUGACGAAGGAAAAGGUGGCUGACCCGGGCGGUUCUGUCUUCAAAAUCUCUUUUAUCCUCUAUGUGCACAUAGCCUAUUACUCCUUGCGCCGGCAUCAUCCCUGUAAAAGGGCAAUCACCAUGAUUCAGACUUCGGAGGAAUGGGUGUGGUUGGCCGUGGUGCUGCUCAUCAGUACAUAGUCCUCCUGUCACCCCCAGAGUGCACAAUCUAACACUAUCGAACAGCAACGCUGCGCUAUGUCUCUCGCAUUCUGCAAAUGGGUGUGCCGCGCAACCUCCAGAUGGAGGAUCUGGUCAUGGCGGUGGUUGUAAUAUUCUACAUAUUGCUUACCGUAUUCCUGGUCGAAGUCGACAAAUACGGCACCAACGGAAUUCCCCCGAGUCAGUUCGAUACGCUCGAUAAAGCAACAAUCCCAGACCGCAUCAAAGGCAGUAAGAUGGUAGUAGCGGUCGAGCAGUUCUGGCUCGUGGUCGUCUGGGGAUGCAAAUGCUGUCUGCUGUUACUAUACUCCACCAUGACCUCCGGCCUCUGGCAACACCGCAUCGUCAAAGUCAUCGGCGGAAUCUGCGUCUUCAGCUUCCUCCUCAUCGAAAUCCUCUUCUUCGCCGUCUGGUGCCGCCCCUUCUCGGCAUACUGGUCCGUCCCGCCCAAGAGCGUGCAAUGCUCCGUCUACACCAACCACGUCAUCAUCACCCUCGCCUUCAACGUCACCACCGACGUGCUGAUCAUGGCCAUCCCGCUCCCGCUGCUCAUCCGCGCCAGACUCUCCCUCUCGAAGAAACUCACCCUCUGCGCCGUCUUCUCCCUCGGCGCCUUCGUCAUCCUCUGCUCCAUCCUCUCAAAGUACUACUCCAUCUCCCAGCCCUACGGCAUCAAAUGGCUGCAGUGGUACGUCCGCGAGGCCGCUACGGCAGUCAUCGUCUCCAACAUCCCGCAGACCUGGACGCUCUUCCGCCGCCUCUUCAACUGGAAGUCCUUCCUGCAGCACUCGUCAUACAAUCGCAGUCAGAACAAGUAUACCAGCCGUCUGGAUAGCUCGACGAUCCAUCUCUCGCGGUUCAGGGGGAUAAUCGACCGCUCCGAGUCGGGCGAGCAUAUCGUUCGCGAGCAGCCGUUGGAGAUCUGGGCGCAUCGCCAGUUCCAUGUCACGAAUGAGGUGGAUGAGGAGCGGAGGAGCGGCAGUUUGAGUCAGAGUAGUGGUACUCUGGAGUUUGAUACCGCUACCGCUGUUGCUGAGGAUGGGCCGGUGAGGACGACGGUGACGGCUGCGCGGUGAUGCCUCCACCUUUGCUGUUCAACGGCUGUUUUCGGGUAUAGACGACAUAUUGUACAAUAGACAACAUAGACUAAUUUCGUGUCCCCAUCUGGGUCACAUCCCCCAUUUAGCGGUCGGCCUAUCCUGCUGGAGAUAUCUGUCCUAAUGCCGCAGAUGUAGCCGAGACAUCAUCUAUAAAAGCAUUCUUGGCGCUCAGAACUUCGAUGCGAAAAGUGCAACCUGACCACGGUCAACUUGGAAGACCUGAGAUAGAUGCCUGUCUUGAACGCAGUGAGACGGCGCAAUUCAGGAAUAUAAGACGCAACACCCAUGCAGUUCGUCAGAUCGAGCC